CUCCCGGGCUUGAGGCUGGAGGACUCUGACUGCCAGGCGGUGCUGCGGCUGCAGAAGGCCGAGACCGCUGCUCCUGGCGCGGAGCGCGAGGCUUCUGAGCUCUUCUCCGGGGACGUGCGGGAGCACGUGGACUCUAUCGAGGAGCUCGUGGCCUCGCAUCCGGAGUUGGGGUACAAGGCCAUUGGCCGCAAGCUGGCUGAGAAGCUCAGGGUGAAGCUAUCCGGCGCCCACUUGCAGGUCCUCAGACGCAUUAUGACCGAGCUCUCCGAGGGCCGCGCGGCGGUGGACGUGCCAGAGUGGGAGGACUGCAACGGGGACAUGCGGGACCACGUUGACGCUAUCAGAGCACUCGUGGUGGUUCAUCCUGGCAUGGGCUACAAGGGCAUUGCCCAUGAGCUCCAGCGGCAUCUCCGGGUGAAGCUAUCGCAGGCCCACCUCAGUGUCAUCCGUCGCAUCGUGGCGGGGAUCUCGGAGGGCCGUGCAGUAGCCGGCGCGCAGCGGGAGGGCGAGGACUAUGGGGCCUUCGCUGUGGACGUGCGCGACCACGUGGUCACCAUCAAGGAGCUCAUGAUGCGUCACCCCACCAUGGACUAUGAGGGCAUCGCCCACGAGCUUGAGGAGAAGCUUCAGGUGGAGCUAUCUGAUGCCCAGAAGCGGGGAAUCCUUCGUGUCAUGGCCGAGAUCGGCAUCGAGCUUGUGGCUGAGGAUGUGGCGAUGCCAGAGCAGACGGACCUCGAGCUCUUGGCCUCGCACCCCGAGUUGGGGUACAGGGUCAUUGCCCGCAAGCUGGCGGAGAAGCUCGGGGUGAAGCUAUCGCCCGCGCACCAGCUGGUCAUUAAGCGCAUCAAGACGGAGCUCUCCGAGGGCCGCGCGGCGGUGGACGUGCCAGAGUGGGAGGAGUUCAACGGGGGCAUGCGGGACCACGUUGACGCUAUCAGAGCACUCGUGGUGGUUCAUCCUGGCACGGGCUACAAGGGCAUUGCCCAUGAGCUCCAGCGGCAUCUCCGGGUGAAGCUAUCGCAGGCCCACCUCAGUGUCAUCAAUCGCAUCGUGGCGGGGAUCUCGGAGGGCCGUGCAGUAGCCGGCGCGCAGCGGGAGGGCGAGGACUAUGGGGCCUUCGCUGUGCACGUGCGCGACCACGUGGCCACCAUCAAGGAGCUCAUGAUGCGUCACCCCACCAUGGACUAUGAGGGCAUCGCCCACGAGCUUGAGGAGAAGCUUCAGGUGGAACGAUCUGAUGCCCAGAAGCGGGGAAUCCUUCGUGUCAUGGCCGAAAUCGGCAUCGAGCUUGUGGCUGAGGAUGGGGCGAUGCCAGAGCAGACGGAUCUCGAGGACUUCACCGGGGAUGUGCGGGAGCACGUGGACUCCAUCAAGGAGCUCGUCGCUCUGCAUCCCGGGUUGGGCUACAGGUUCAUUGGCCGCAAGCUGGAAGAGAAGCUCCAGGUUAGCCUAUCGCAAGCGCACCUUCAGGUCAUCCUCCGCAUCAUGACCGAGAUUUCGGAGGGCCGUCUGGCGGUGGGCGUGUCUAUGCGACAGCAGCCUGAGCGGCGGCACUUUUGCGACUUCACCGGGGACCUGCGGCAGCACGUGGACAUUAUCAAGGAGCUCAUGACGCUGCAUCCUACUAAAGGUCGGCAUCACAUUGCUGGCGAGUUGGAGAUUCGGCUCCAGAAGAAGCUAACCGAUGCCCACUUGUCCAUAAUCCGGCGCAUCAUGAUUCGCCACGGUGUUCUGUCCUAUGAGUUCCUGUCGGGCGCUGACCAGGUGGCCGUGGUGCAGGGACUAGUCCAGGGCCAUGCGGAGCCUGCGGCGCGGCGGCAGGCCGUGCAGGAGCACUAUGAACGGGGUGUCUCUCUUGCGGUGCUGGGACGCUGGAUGUCUGAGCACUAUGCGCCCGAUCGCGGCGGCUGCCCUGUGCGGCGAGUGUGGCAGGACAAAUACGUCGACUGCGCUCGCACCUACCGGGCUCGCCGCGCGGGUGCUAAGACUGAUGAGGACGCCGCCCUGCAGGCUAUCAUCAAGUCCGUUCACGGCGAGGCGGUGCCGGUCUGGAUGCUGCAGGAGGCGCUCCACAGGGCAGCCACUAUCCGUUACUGGGAGGCGGAGCGUCGCUUGGAGUUCACGGCUGUCUGCCAUGGCACACUGCCGCGCCGCACUGCGCUUCCGUCUGGGGCACGAGGUGCCGUGGAGCUUCAGCACUAUCGCUUCUUCAUCCGCUACGAGAGCUGGGUCGCUUGCGAGCUGUGCGGCUAUCGUUGGCAGGUUCUCAAAGGUCAGCAGUCGGGUUCGACGUAUGUCUAUGGCAACACUGUCCGCGGCGACUGCGUUCACCAUCUUCCUCGAUGCCGAUCUUGUGACCAUCGCGGAAAGCUUUCGCAGUGCUCCUUGCCGUUGGAGGCGCUCCUGUGGCCGCUGCCCUCGGAGAUCGAGGCGGGCGUCAAGACCGAGCAGCUGUAUGUCGUGCCGCAGCGGAAGCACUGGCCCGUCUAUCUUCCGGCAGCGCAGCGGUUCGUUACUGCCUAUGACUUCAGCACCCGUCUGGAAUUGGCGGUCUUGGUGCGGGAGUUUGCUGACUAUGAGCAGUACGUUCGCGAGCAUGGCGCUGAGGGGAUAGUCAGCCUCCUGGACAUCACGAAGGAAGAGGCUGCCUCUAUCACGCCCUACCUGCUCGUCGUCACCAAGCAGAAGGAGCGCGGCUCCGUGGCCAGGGGCCCCACCUACAACUGGAAGAAGACCCAGGUGUGCCGCGUCAACUACAAGCGCGAGGACCUGGAGACGUGUGGGGCCAUGACUCCCAGGGCGCGGGCUGCCUACGACUGGCUCAUGGUGCACAAUCGCACCUAUCGUCGGUACGCGAUGCAGCAGAAGCGCAUGCUGUCCUACCCGGAGGAUGAGCGGGAGAUGUUCAUCGCGACCUACCGGCUGCUCCUCCAGAGCCAGGGCAUCGAGGUUGCGCUCUUCCCCGUGCUCUAUCCCUGGGAGGUCUAUUCCGACAGCGACGUGCGGGGCUGGGCCGGGGACCGCAAGCUGAUGAAGAGGUCUCAGCUCCCGUCUAUGCAGAAGGCGUUCCUGCGCAAGGUGCAUUCUCGGUGCCGCACCUAUGGCGACGCGGAGGCUGUGCCUGAUCUGGCCUUCCUGCUAUACGACAUGGCCACCGCGCAGAAGAUCUCGGCGAGCCUGGCUGUCGCGGAGCACCGGGGCAUCACUCCCGAUGUCGUCGCGGACAACAGCUCCACGUCCGAGAGCUAUUGGCGCCACGAGCAGGACCUUCUGUGCGACGUCGUGCAGCAGCACACGCUUCGCUAUAGUCGGGGCUUUGCCUUUCCCAACCUGUUCAUCACCAUCGCUCCGGCUGAAUGGAAGGUUCUACUACACCAGCCUCUAUUCGCGGACUGGAAGGCCGCGAAUCGUCUGUCUGCGUGCCAGGGCAUGUUGUCCGAGCACAUCUAUGAGCUGCUGUGCGAUGCUAUGAAGCAGAUUCUACGUCCCAGCGAAUUCUUCAGCGAGGUCCGCGACUAUGUCAUCCGCCUCGAAUUCCAGGGCCGCAAGACGCAGCACAUCCACAUUGCGGCCUGGUUGAUCCAUCGGCAGGUUCUAUCUGGCCGCAGUGGUACGGGGGACAUCUCGCCAUUCGUUCGCUUCCUGGAGGAGGUCUUCCGCGGGUCCGUGGACGUGCAGCACGGCGAGGGUUUCCUGAACUAUAUCAACGGCAACGUGGUCAAGGGCAAUCAAUCUAUGGAUUUUCAGCCCGAUGCCGCGCGCAGCGGCGGGGAUGACCACUCGGCGUGGCGCACAACCUAUCGCAUGUGCAAGCUGGCCCCUGGCCUUCCCGAGGUGUUUCUCGACUUCGCGGGCGCUGCGCACAUCUAUCGGACUUUUGCCGUGGUCAACGCGUGCGCUAUCAUACCGGGGAGGCGGGACCCGGGCGACAACGACACCAAGCGGCUGCAUGAGCACUAUGUCGCACGUCUGGUUGUCUCUGGGGAGCUCGACUUCCGUGGCAGCUUCCUGAGCUACAUCCGCACCUAUGCGUGGAAGGACGCCAAGACUGUGACCAAGCGCAGAGGGCGCGGGCAGGAUUGCCUUGUCGCCGUCGGCGUCCGCUAUGCCUUCGAGAUGCAGGACAACUUCAUCGGGCAGUUCUGCACCAUGAUGUUCCCGCACCGGGACUCUGCGACCUUUCUGCCGCCGUCGGAGACAGAGGUCAUUGCCUUCACCGCGUACUGUUUGCGGGCGCUGCAGUACCUGCGUCACCUCGCGUGGACGACGGGCACUCCGCCGGGACGGGUGGACUCGCAUCGACGGCGGUUGGCGCAGCAGCUGCAUCGCGCGGUGGGGGAGAACGACGUGGCCUAUGCGGCUCGCCUGCAGGAGGUUAUGGACUCGUCCCGGUGGGUGGGCUUUGCUUCGAAUGCUAAGGACAUCCCGUCGUUGUCCGCUUUGCCUGCCGAGUCCAUCACCAACGACCAUGCGUCCUACACGUGGGAGCUCUUUCACUAUUGGCCCAGCCAUGUGAUCGAGGGUGACGAGAACGCGCGCUUCCAGCGCCACCCGCUACGCUUCCCAGAUGCCACCGUUGGCGCGUGCGGCAAGCCUUUCGAGGACGCGGACUCGGCGCUCAACUACCUCGCGAACGUUGUGCAGGUAGAUCUUGCCAUACGCGUUCCUCCCGGUCGCGCCAGGUCUUUCCGUGCUCGGCUCUUCGCCGUGCACUGCUUCUAUAACUACAUGGAGUAUUGCAGGGAGAAUCCUUUUGCGAUACCACAUGCCUUGCGCCAGCAGUGGGAAGAGUCCAACGUUGGGGUGUUCCACUUCUAUGACAAAUUCAGGGAAGAGUGGAAUCGCGUCUUCGGGCACUGGCGUCCCGUGCUCACUUGGUCUGCCGACCAGCAGGAGGUGCUGCGCGUGGUGGGCGGUCUGCUGUCCAGGGCCGACGCCAACGUCGUCCACGAGCAAUUCUACUACGUGCAGGGGGAGCCAGGCAGUGGCAAGACCGAGGUUCUAUGCGAGGCGGCUCGCAGGGCUGCUGAUGCGGGUCUGCGCGUGCUUGUUCUGGGGCCCACGGGCACCCUGGUGCAUACCUAUAAGACGAAGGUGCAGCACGAGAACAUCAACGUGGAGACCAUACACUCUGCCUGGCACAUCUACCGCAGUGCGGACACGGUGGUGGACUACGCCCCUCCCACGCGGCUCCGCAGCUAUGAUCUCUUUAUCAUCGACGAGGCCUCGCAGAUCGAGGAUGCUGUUGCCGUGCCUGCAUAA